AUGCCACACUUCACGUGUGUGAGGAAGAAGGAAAGUAAUUCAAGUAGAAGUAUCAUUUUUGCGGAGUUACUGAAUUAUGUGUCUCUUUUAGUCCCAAAGAAACUGCUGCAGGAGUCAGUUUCCAGGCAUCCAUCCUUCCCAUCUCCUCCAUCUGUGCCUCAUGAUCCCAACGUGGUGGGAGACAGCGCUCCUCCUGACGGGACCCCAUCUCUGACCUCGGACUCUGCACCAGGGAGGUCGACGCGAGGACGGAGUUCUGGUCCGUAUUCAGAAGAGACGGAUCAGUCUGGAGAAAGUGAUCCGAACCCAACCAUCUCCAGCGUGAUCAGACCAGCCAUGGCCCUCAUCAGCAGCAUGCUGGUGGCCUACACCUACAUCACAGAGCACCCGGAGCGCUGUGCGCUGUAUUUCAUGUGUGGCAUCUGUGCCGGUCUGUUCCUCACGCUCUUCGCUCUGGUGGUUCAGAUUUCCUGUCGUACAGACUGUAAACCUCGUCACGCCGUCGUUAAGAAGCGCCAGAGACCCGCAGACUCCGACAGCGACACCAGCGACUCUGAUUCAGACUGGGACUCGAGCUCGGACCUCUCGGCCCGACGGCACCGGCGCUUCGAACGCAUGCUCAACACAAACGUCUUCACGUCAGCAGAGGAGCUGGAGCGAGCGCAGCGACUGGAGGAGAGAGAGCGCAUCAUACGGGAAAUCUGGAUGAACGGACAGCCGGACGUCCCAGGAACCCGCAGCCUGAAUCAGUACUACUAGAGCACCGCCUCCCAUCAGACAAGAUGGGAAGCUGAAGCAGUAGUGUGGCAUUAAACGGUGUAUUUGCAGUGGAAAUAAGCUCGUGGUUUAUUCAUGAGGUGAAAGGUCAAAUGCUGCUGACAAGUCAGAUUUGGGAAUAUUCUUACCUGAUGUCUUGAAGUUGGACAUUUUCUGCAGCGUGCAGCUAAAGCUACGGCUCAUGGGAGAUGUGGUUGAGUUGAAAGGAGUCUAUAGGCAGCUCGGAGAGGCGUGAUAAGCUCUAAGCACUGUGAUUGGUCCUUCACUCUGCCUGUCAAACAGUGAGGACCGCCUUCUGUAGAAAGAGAGACCUGAGCAAAUUAAGUGCCUUUCAGUUUGAUCUGACAAAUACACAUGUACAGUACAGUGGGACUAAAACAUAUUUGGACACUUAUAAAUAUCUGAAUGUCAUUGCAUUAGGAAACAAAUAGAACAAACCAAGCUGCGACUGCAAGAAAAUGAUGCUGGAGCUUCACUUUUCUGCAUCGGUUUUGCUUAAUGACCUUUAAUUUCCUCCACAGUGCCACAUUUAAUUUUUUGGUAACACUUUACAAUGAGGUUGCAUUUGAUAACAUGAACUAACAAUAAAAAAUACUUUUAAAGUUUAGUGAAUUCAAAAGUUCUAUGUUUGUAUUUAAACCUGAGGUAUAUAAGACUUUUUCAGCCAUGGGAUAAAAAAUAAAAUAAUGAAAUAAAGGUAAUUUGUGUUUUAUCUAAUCUUGUAAUUCCUUUUUCUUAGAAUUCUUUACAUUUUGCAGUUUUCCCCCCUCACCACAGAAUAAAAAAACCGGAUAAUAAUUGUGACUUUUGGCUGGUUGCUGGUAAUUGUGAAUUUUAAGCUCACAAUUAAAAAAAAAAAAAAAAAA